GUAUACAUCUUUCAAAAUGCCACCAAAAGUUGGAACCAAAGGAGCCAAAAAGGCCGUAACAAAGGCAAAGACUGCCAGACCCGGCGGUGACAAGAAAAGGAGGAGGAAGAGGAGAGAAUCCUAUGCCAUCUACAUCUACAAAGUCUUGAGACAGGUUCACCCAGACACUGGAGUAUCCUCAAAGGCUAUGUCUAUCAUGAACAGUUUUGUCAACGAUAUCUUUGAGAGAAUCGCUGCAGAAGCUUCCCGUCUCGCUCACUACAACAAGAGAUCUACCAUCACAUCUCGGGAGAUCCAGACUGCAGUUCGUCUGCUCUUACCCGGUGAAUUGGCCAAGCACGCUGUCAGUGAAGGUACCAAAGCCGUCACAAAGUACACCAGCAGCAAGUAAACAACGAGAAGUUUAACUUCACAAACGGCCCU